CUCGCUGAAAAUUGAGGACGCCGAAUUCAAUUAUGAAUAAUAGACUUUUUUGCGCUGGCUCUUAAUGUGCGAAACGCAAAUAUUUGACUUGCUUUUUGUGGAUGCCACGGAGGGAAACGCGAUCUUUCACCGGAGCGAGUCUUCGUAGUCAUGAACGGGUGAACGUGGCGCGAACAGCACCCAUAGUACUUAUCGCUAGAACGGUAUACGUAUCGCUUGGUCCAAAAUGAUCCUUACCUGCUUGCUGUUAUCGAUCAUCGGACCCUUGAUCUUUCACUUGAUGACCCGAUACAACAAGCGCGGCCGUCUACUCAGCAAAAUACCCGGACCGACGGCUUACCCGCUGCUCGGCAAUAUGCUCAAGUUCAAAGUCGACAAUUUGCAGGAUCUGUGGCGUCUCGGCCGGGAGGUGUCGAACGAUUAUUACCCGAUCACUCGCUUCUGGAUCUGCAAAACGGCCAUAAUCAGCGUGCGACACCCCGACGACUUGGAAGUCAUAUUUCAAAGUCACAAGGUCAUCGACAAGGGCUACAUCUACGAAUAUCUGCAUCCUUGGCUGAAAACGGGCCUUCUCACGAGCACCGGCAAAAAGUGGAGACAGCGAAGGAAAAUCUUGACGCCGGCCUUUCACUUCAGCAUUCUGCACAAGUACCUCGAGAUAGCCAACGACCAGGGCGUGCGAUUCAUGAACGAGUUGAAAAACGAGAGCUCCGACACGAUCAUCGUCGACGAUUUGAUGCUGUUUUGCUCGCAGUACACGUUGAACAUCGUUUGCGAAUCGGCUAUGGGCGUGAAGCUGGACAAGAUGGAUGGCAAGCUCGUGCGAAGAUACAAAAAUGCAGUGCGCGACAUGGGCAACGUCGUCGUAUGGAGGAUGCCGAGGCCCUACAUCACCAACUGGCUCAUGAGGUUCGCGAGGAAAAUGGCCAAAGUGCAGAGGGACGCCCUCGACGUGUUGCAUCACUUCACCGACGCGGUGAUCCAAGAGCGAAGACAGUACCACGAGGGCAGCGACGGCAAGUACCUCGAGGAGUUCGCCAAAGACUGUCCCGUCUCCGAGCAGGACGGAACGCGCAGAAAACUGGCGAUGCUCGACCUUUUGCUGGCGGCCGAGCGCAAAGGCCUCAUCGAUCACGAGGGCAUCAAGGAAGAAGUCGAUACCUUUACGUUCGAGGCGCACGACACGACGGGCAUGGCCAUGACCUUUACGUUGAUGCUGCUGGCCGAGAACAAGGAGGCUCAGACUAAAGCCAGGGCCGAAGUAACGCAAGUUGUGGAAAAAUACAAUGGGAAUUUGAACACGUCGAGUCUUCAAGAGUUGCCCUACCUCGAGCGAUGCAUCAAGGAAUCUCUCAGACUUUUUCCACCCGUCGCCACGCUCUUGCGCUACACAUCCGAUGAGUUGCAACUAAAAAAUGCGCUAGUGCCGGCCGACUCGCACAUCAUGAUUCAUCUGUACGACACGCACAGAGACGCCAAUUACUGGCCGAAUCCGGACGUCUUCGAUCCCGAUCGGUUUUUGCCGGAGCGCAGUGCCAAUCGGCACACGUUCGCUUACGUGCCUUUCAGCGCUGGCCCGCGUAAUUGCAUAGGUCAAAAGCUCGCCAUGCUCAAAUUGAAAUCCCUCAUAGGUCGGAUACUGUACGAUUUUUACUUGGAAAACAUCGACAAGACCAGCGACAUAAAGUUGACUGCCGACGUAAUUUUAAGGCCUUCGGAAGCUGUGAAAAUGAAAUUAGUCAAGAUUGAUAAACGUUGAUCUAGGGAGCGUGCCAAGGUCAAGAAGAUUGUUAUAUUUUUAAACUGUGAUUAUCUUGUUUUACGCACAAAAUAUAUAUCUGAUUUAUGCUUACAAUCAGUAAAUUCA